AAACAGACACAGAGAAAAUGCUGUGAAUGCUAAUUUCCUACUUUCUACAAGCCAGUGAGGAAGCAAUAAGCAGCUCAUUUCCUGAAGCUCUGAGCAGAUUAUCAGUCCUCAUCUCAGCAGAGGAUCAGACCUAGCUGUGGAGAGCUGUGCAGGAAAAAAACAGCAGGCUGAAGGGACAGAGGAGAAGAGCGAGAGAAGAUGAAUUCCGAAACUUCUGAAAGUCCCAACAAAACCAAGGUCAUUAUGACCACUGACACCUACACAUUGUCAACUUCAGACUACACAUACGACUACGAAGACUCGGCCCCUUGCCCAAUAAGAGAGACAUGGCGUUUUUUCCGCCGCUUUGCUCCGCCUGCCUACUUCAUCAUCUUCUUUUUGGCCUUUGUGGGGAAUGUGCUGGUGGUGCACGUGGUCCGUCGCUACAGGCGAUCCCGCCACUCGCCGUGCUCAUACUCCCUCACCGACACAUUCCUGCUGCACCUGGCUAUCUCUGACCUCCUGCUGGCAAUUAUCCUUCCUUUGUUUGCUAUCCAGUGGAUCAAAGGGUGGGUGUUUGGCGUUGUGAUGUGUAAGAUAGUGGGAGCGCUAUUUUCCCUAAACAUUUACUGCGGAGUGCUCUUCCUAGCCUGCAUCAGCUUCGACCGCUACCUAGCCAUUGUCCAUGCUGUCCAAACCGGCUGGAGACGCAACACCUGCCUGGCCCAGGUGACCUGCGCGGUCAUUUGGGUCUGCUGCUUGGGCCUGUCCGCGGUGGAUAUCCAUUUCCGGACUGUGACUACACUGCCAAGCGACGGCUCGAAGGUGUGCUUUGUGCAGUUUACCCCAGGAACCCAUUUGAAAUGGCAGCUAACUAUGCAGCUUCUAAACCUGACCUUAGGCUUUGGACUCCCAUUACUGGUCAUGCUCUACUGCUACAUCCGCAUCUUCCGGGCGCUCUGCAGCACCAGCUCACGGCGACAGAAGAAGCGAUCCCUCAGGCUCAUCAUCUCCCUGGUGGCCAUCUUCCUGAUCUGCUGGGCACCCUACAAUGCCUUUAAGUUGACGGACAGUCUGCUGAUGCUGGAAUGGCUACUUCGCAGCUGUGAUUUGGAAAAGGCGCUGGACAUUGGCAUCCUUGUCACAGAGAGCCUGGGACUGUUGCACUGCGCCCUCAACCCGUUGCUUUAUGGUCUUGUUGGCGUCAAGUUCCGCCGUGAGCUGGUCCAGAUGUGUAAGGUGUGGCUGGGGAGCUUCGGCUUGGCCAGAGAGCUGCACAGUCAAGGAUCAAGCCGCAGGACAACCAUGUCUUUCAGCUCUGAAGGCGAGAACACCUCCUACUUCUCAGUUAUGAGCUAAAACUGAUUAAAAAAAUAAAAAAUUAAGGCAAAAGCUGGACAUAUAUGGAUACGCCCAAAGCUAAGGUGAAUGCCAGACAUUCUCAUCAUCUCUUACUGACUUUGAUUGGUCCGAACCAUCAUGUCAGUUGCAAUUGCUUAAUCAUUGUUCAUCAAGUGAUUUGUGUAAGACCCUCCAUUGACUCUGAUGCUUAAUUGCUAUGUCACAUUUUCCAGACUGUAAUUGGUCCUAACGACAAUAUCAACUGUUUUAAGAUGUCACUCUCACUGGAAUUGGUCCUUUCUAACCCAUCAGUUGAUGUGCUACCUUUCAAUUGGUGGUACCCAUCAAAUCAGUUGUUUUAAGACCUCCUGUUAACCCUGAUUGGUCCAAUCAUUGUUUUCCCUUUGUUGGCCAUGCUCUAUUGCUACAUCCAAAUUUUACAGACUAUUACAAGUCCUAAUGGCUAUGUCCAUUCAUGUCCAUUGACUCUGAUUGGUCCUAAUCAUUGUAUCUCUUUUGCUGGACAGGCUCUAUUUCUACAUUCACUUUGGUUGGUCAAAAAUACCAUGACAGUUAUUUUGAGAUUUGUAUUUGGUCCUACUUAAAAAAAAAGUAGUUUUGAGACUUCACCUUAACUCUGAUUGGUUUGAAUCAUUCUAUCCUUUCUACUGGACAUGCCCUAUUACUACAUCUAUAUUCCCCAGAAGUCCAAAACAGAAGUUUAAAUAUGUCUCACUGAUUUAUAAUUGGUCCCACCCAACACAUGAGUUGUUUUGAGAGCUCCGCCGACCACAACUGGUCCUGUACAUCGUGUGAUUAUUUUAAGACCUCCUCUUGACCCUGAUUGGUCUCUUUUGAUGGUCAUGCUCUAUUUAACAGUAAUCUAAUACAGUAUUGAAAUGACUGAGUUUUCUAAUAUAAUCAUUGUAUAUCUUCUGCUGGAUAAGCUUUAUUGGUACAUUUAUGUUUUCCAGACUUGGUUUUAAUGAUCAUGACAGUUAUUUCGAGAUGGCUCACUGACUGUAAUUGGUCCUACCCAGCAAAUCAGUAGGUUUGAGACCUUCCCUUGACUCUGAUUGGUCCUAAUCUUUGUCUUUUUUUUUCUGAACAUGCUCUAUUGCUACAAUCAUGUUUCCCAGACUGUGGUUGGUCGUAACGACCAUUACAGUUAUUGCAAGAUGGCUCACUGACUGUAGUUUUGAGACCUUCCCUUGACUCUGAUUGGUCCCAAUCAUUUUAUCAACUCUGCUUGACAUGCUCUAUUUCUACAGUUACAUUUCCCCUGGUUGUGAAAUGGUGCUGUGGCAUAGUGGUGCCAACUGUCACUGGGCCUGUGGGAGAGGAUUGUGUCAGAGGCUGGGUUGGUUGUGUGUGCCAGUAAAGUACUUUCUGUACUUCCUGUGUUAAUACGGCAAGAUUUAUUGUCUAUACAAAGAGGCUAUGCUAAUCAGUCUCAAUAGUGUGUUAAUAAUAAAACAAGCUUUAUACCUUUUUUUGUUAUACUUUUACAAAGUCAAACCAAAGUUACUCUCAUUUUUUAAAGUUUUGUACCAAAAAUCAGUUGGAAAAUGCUUUUUUGCUUAUUAUAACAGCAGCUUAUUGAAGUAUGACUUUUACAAAUUGUUGUUUAUUUCUACCGUUAGUCACAUGGCAGUAUUGUGGUUGUUGUUCUCCACUAAUUUCUUAUUGAAAGUUCUCCCUUGGUUGAAGUUCUGGUAAAGACAUUGAAUCACCCAAAGGCGUGCUGAGGGUUCUGAGGUAUUAAUGAGGAACUGAAAUUGCUCCCAGGCUGAGCAGGACUCGUUCUUCUCCCUUCUUCUUUUAAUAUCUACAGACGCCACAAGAACAACUUUAGUCAUCAGUUUUUCCAAGUGUUCUUCUGCUUCUCUGUCUGAAGAGAGACGUUUUAUCAGCCAGAGCAAAAAAUUGAGGAUAAAGAAACCUGUAAACAUAAACAAAAAAUCCCGAAGGAAAAUGUCCAUCCAUCAGUUUGUGACCUUAAGCUCAGGCGUACUUGUGUUCUGCAACAGGACAAUGACCUGAAGCUCACCAGCAGGUCCACUGAUCUUAAACAGGCCAUUCAUGCUCAAAACCCCUCAAAUGUGGCUGAAUUAAAACUAUUCUGCAAAGUAAAGAUUUUUUUUAUGCUUUCUAUGUUAAUACUGCCAGAUUGAUUGUCUACAAAGAGACUAGGCUUAUCUGUCCCAAAUGUGUGUUAAUAAAAAAACUACUUUAGUACUUUUUUUGUCAUACUUUAACAAAGUCAAAACCAAGUUGCUCUCAUUUUUUUAAAGUUUUGUACAAAAUAUCAGUUGGAAAAUGCUUGUUUGCUUAUUAUUACAGAAGCUUAAUGAAGUUUUUAAGACCUUUACAUAUUGUUGAUUAUUUCUACUGUUAGUCCCAUGACAAUAUUGUGGUUGUUUUUCUUCACUAAUUGGUUGAAGUUCUGGUAAAGACAUGCUGUGGGUUCUGAGGUAUUAAUGAGGAACUAAAAUUGCUCCCAAGCUGAGCAGGACUCGUUCUUCUCCCUUCUUCUUUUAAUAUCAACAGACGCCACCAGAAAAAAAAAAACAACUUUAGUCAUCAGUUUUUCCAAGUGUUCUUCUGCUUCUUUGUCUGAAAAUUGGAGGAAUAAAAAAAACAGUAAACAGAGACAGCUCUCGGUUUUCAGGGGAAAUGUUCCUGUUUCCAUUAAAAUACCGUUAUUUCUAUUACUGUGAUACAUAAGUGUGUAUUGUACAGUUUUUGAGCUUUCUUAAUAAAGAAAUGAUUAAUU